AUGGCCCACAUUCCUUCCAUCCUUCUCUUCCUCCUUUUCUCUCUUCCUCCAUAUCUUUCCACAGCAAGGGUUAUCAUCAACGAUGACUACUCCAUUUUUGAAGUAUACACCAUAUGCAAGCAAACCACCGACUUCGAUUUCUGUUCCCAAGCUCUCAAUUCCGAUCCUCGCACUCCAACCGCUGAUCUCGUUACCUUCUCUGAGAUUUCUCUAGAUCUAGCGUCCCGCAAUGCGACGGACACGUCUAAGUACAUCUCUCAAUUGCUCAGCAAGGCCACAGAUCCUGUUAUUAAGGAACAUCUUAGUGUUUGUUCUCAGGCUUACAAGAGCGCAAUCGAAGAGAUUGGAGAGGCGUAUAAGCUUCUGCAGUCUAAAUCAUAUGAGGCCUUGAGCAAGGAGGCGGUGGCUGUCCGUGCGAAGCCAGUAGUGUGUGAGAAUUCGUUCAAAGGAACACAGUCGCCAUUGACGAGUAAGAAUGAGAAUUUGGAACGGCUAGCUGUCAUCGUUGGGGUGAUUGCCGAUCUUCUUGGAUGA